AAUGGGUUUUUCUGUGACUGGCGUGUUUCGAUGGCUUGCGCUCGUGAACCUGGUCAUGAUGGGCAGCGAGUAUGGUGGUGCAGCCUUGCUUGCGGGGCCGUCAGGGUCUGUUGGAUUGUUCAGCGGGCGACCAGGCACCCAGUCUGUGGAGGAUUUUGAGGAUCGACUGCUGGCGGCCUACGCCAAGGCCAAAUCGAAAGAUAAGAAGUUGACCGAGGCUGAGUUCUUGCUUCAGCUGCCCGCCUAUCUUGAGCAUGAGGCGCUGCAGUUGUGGCGCAAAUGCAGAAAGGAUAUCUUAAAAAAGCCAGAGGAUGCUUCUGAUUAUAAUCCAAUUGCUGAUCUGAUUGCGCUCUUUAAAGAGCAUUUUGGGGUGGCAAGUGCAGCAAAGGUUCGCGAGUUGCAGACCUUGAAGAAGCGCGAGGAUGAAACCUGCAGAAUGCUGAAAAGCCGCUUGGAGCGCCUCGCUGAGGAAACAGGUCUGUUGAAUGCACGCGAGCAGGCGCUGACGUUUGUGAAUGCCUUGCCCACUGCAGUGCGCGAGCGAAUUGAGCCGAUUCUCUGGGCUAAAAGCGCGAAUGGCAUCUACAGCUUGGAUGACGCAUUUCAAGCUGCUGAGCGUGUUGAGUUGGCGCAGGCGUAUGCAUCUGGCAUGCGGGGGUGGGCAGAGUCUAGCGCGCCAAGAACGAAACAAUCGUCUGCUCAUGCGGCCAGUGCCGCCGACUCUUCCUCUUGCUACAGGUGUGGGCAGCUUGGCCAUCAAGCAAGCAACUGCCCAGGGACGGACAGCCGCUGCAACUCUUGCCACAAGCGCGGCCACACAGAGGCAGUUUGCUGGACGGCGCACCCCGAGCUCAAGCCCGACUGGACCAGCGAUGGUAAGAGCAGCGGAGGCCAAGAGCGCGGGCUUGCGCAGCGAGUGGAUGCGCUAGCAGCCCAAGUUGAAAAGCUAACCCUACAGAUGGCCACCCUUGUGCAGGGCCGUCGGGUUGGUCAUGCGCGGCAGGCUGCAGUUCAGCAGCGUCCCAUGGAGUCUGACGAUGAAGUGGACGAGGCCACUGAUUCCAAGCAGGCUGCUUACAGCGCGCUUAACGCUCAAAGGCCCACUUAUGAUCUUGCGCGUGAUUGGCAGGUCGUUGACACCAGCGAUCCGGCGUAUGUUGCUGCGUCUCACAAACAAUAUUUGCAGGUUACUCAACCUAACGACUCUCAUGCACCCAAGCCUGCAGCUGAUGCAGCAUACAGCGCUCAGGGUGCCAAGCACCCAAUGGAUGCCGCCUUUGAAGACGAGGAGUACCGAGCCCGCUGCGCAGCUCACGACGCCUACCGCGCUCAGAAGGAGAAGGAGGAGGAAGGCCGGAAGUGGGCCGAGAAGUUGCUGGACGCGUGGGAGGAGCGCCAGCUCAAGCGGCAGGGUGAGUAG